UCACAAGCGACGAACGAGUACACGUUCUACGGCAAGAUGACAUCGGAGGGCACUUCGGAUGACCUGCUGGCGAACUGGGCGUCGGAUAUGCCUACCAUCCAGGAGCUCAGCAAGUCCAUGCAGAACUUCGGCGUACCGGAUUAUACGGUAUUCGCCUCGAUGCUGAUCGCGUGCGGCGCCGUCGGCGUUUACUUCGGCUUCGUGAAGAAGUCCUCGGGCGAGGACGAAUACCUGGUCGGCGGUAGGAAUAUGAAGACGAUACCGGUCAGCUUCAGCCUGAUAGCCAGCUUUAUAUCGGGUAUCUCAUUGCUGGGUAUGCCGACGGAAAUUUAUGUGCACGGUACGAGCUAUCUCUUCAUCGUCAGCGGGCUCAUCUUAGUGGGUUUCAUCAUGUCCUACGUGUAUUUGCCGGUUUUCCACGAGCUCAAGAUUACUAGCACUUAUGAGUAUCUCGAAAAGCGUUUUGAUAAAAAGAUCAGAUUGCUAGGCUCUGUCCUAUUCUGCAUCGGUAUUAUGACUUGGCUCCCAAUUGUUAUCUACGUACCUGCCUUGGCCUUCAAUCAAGUGACGGGAGUGAAUGUGCACAUAGUCACGCCCUUCGUGUGCAUUGUUUGCAUAUUCUACACCUGUGUGGGCGGCCUCAAAGCGGUGGUGUGGACGGAUUUCAUUCAGGCCUUCAUCAUGUUCGGCUCCAUGCUGUUAAUCAUAAUUAAGGGCACGUGCGACCUCGGCGGGAUAUCCUUGGUGAUUCAAAGGAACCUGGAAUCCGGAAGACUCGAAUUCCCCUCGACAGACUGGAGUCCUCUGACGAGACACACUAUCUGGGGUCUCCUGAUAGGCGGCUUAGUGCACUGGUUGCAAAUCUCCGCCAUAAACCAGAAUAUGAUUCAACGAUAUUUGGCGCUUCCCACCUUACAAUCGGCCAGAAGAGCACUCUGGUAUUUUAUAUUCGGAGUUUUGGCUCUGAUUGGUAUUUGCGGAUAUGCCGGUCUGCUGAUUUACGCCUGGUAUCACGAUUGCGAUCCACUCACGACCAAGCUAGCGCGUGCGAAGGACCAGUUGCUACCGUUACUGGUAAUGAACGUUUUGGGGGAUCUCCCAGGACUGCCUGGUCUCUUCGUGGCGGGUGUUUUUAGCGCCGCACUCAGCUCACUAUCCACCGGCUUAAACUCCAUGGCGGCUGUGGUGCUGGAAGAUUUCGUUAAGCCUUUCAUGAAGACGCCGUUCACGCGCAAAGGAACUGACAUCUUCUUGAAGCUCACAGUUGUCGUUUUAGGGGCGAUCUGCGUUGCGCUCGUUUUCCUCGUCGAGAAGACGAGUACUCACGUAUUACAGUUGUCAAUAAGUCUGUCCGCCAUCAGUACUGGCCCAACUCUCGGUAUAUUCAGCAUGGGCGUGCUGUUGCCAUGGAUUAACGCCAGGGGCGCUUUGGUAGGGGGACUCGCGGGUUUAGGCUUUAUGGGCUGGCUUGGCCUCUCCGCCGGAACAGCAAUUGCCACAGGGAGAGUCAAAUACGAGGAGAAACCCGUCACCAUAGAAGGAUGCACGUACUCGUUUCCCCAAGUGGAGAAUUUGCUGUUAUUCGUUCCGCCUGACUCAAUUUUGGACGACCCGAAUGCAGAGGAGCCAUUGACGGUGUAUCGUCUCAGUUAUAUCUGGUAUACCUUGAUCGGUGCCGUCGUAACUAUGAGCAUCGGUCUUCUUGUGACUCUGAUUACUUCUGAAGAUGUUGAAAAAUUAGAUCCAAUGCUCUUAGCACCAUUUGUGAGAAAAUUCUUGAAAACCUCGAGCAGAAACAUAGCGACCGAGAAACUUCAUCAAAUCGAGAUUACAAAAUCGGACAUAAAGAUGGCAUCUCACGCAAACAACGAGGACGAUAAAUUAUUACAAGUAACUGCAACAUGAUACAGUACAGUUAAUUUAGCUCUUGAAUACCAAGAUUGGUUAAAAAAAAAAAAAAAGUAUAAUUUUAUAACGUGACGAUUUAUGUAUUACAAUUACAUUUGUGAGUUAUUCACGAAUUCAUGUACAAAAUUUAUACAUGUGAUAAAUAUGCGUAUUAUUAGUAGUAUGUUGUAUAUUGUAAUAAUUGUUAUAGGCUAUUGCAUAUUGUUUUUACUUAAAGCCUUACAAUCAAUAAUACACACACACACACACAUACAUACAUACAUAUAUGUGAUAUAAUAUAUACAUAUAUGUAUAUGUGUAUAUGAUAAUAUAUACAUAUGUAUAUUGUAAAUUUACAUAUUGUAUACUUAAUGUAUACUUAAGAAAAAAAGAUAUGUUCAUAAACAUAUAAAAAAAAGUAUGUUCAUAAACAUUUCUCUAGCAGUCUGUUCUUUUCAGCUUCACUGCUGAACUGGUGCAAUAAGAUAGAGUGAGAAAACAUAUUUGUCUCACUUUAACUUAUUGUACCAGUUCAGCUGAAAAGAACAAACCAAAAAAAGGAUAAAAGAGCAACAUGUACAUGUGUUUUUUCUCCUAUAUCAAACUGUAAAAGAUUGUUAUAUAUAAAUAAUAUAAAUAAUAGGCAUUCUUUAAAAAUA